AUGAGUUCAUGUUAUGCUGGUCAAUGGAAAAGAUACAAAAAUUCUAUAUCCACUGCCUGUACAUAUUAUCUUAGUAGACAGUGAUUUCUGUGGGGGUUUUGUUUUCAUGUCCUCGGUGUACUCCUGUUAGGAUUUUGUUUUGUUUUGUAAUCAGCACUUGAACCUAAAUGCACAAAAUGACUUCAUCGUGAUGCUGCAAGUCCACGAAGAGAGGGGGUGUGGGCGAGCCUCCAGAGGCUCCAGGAAAUGGACCCACGGAAAGGCCUCGGAGCACAGAAUGAGCUGGAGGCCCGCAGGCCCAGCGGGAGGCAGCCGGGGCGAGGCGUUCAAGCACCCCUCAGUGGGCGCGGGGGGCGCAAAGGGGAGCCUCCAAACCAUCGCCAACAGGCUCCUGGAGAGAGGCCUUCCUGGGCCCUCAGGAUCAACCCUCCGGAUCCCGCCUCCAGACUCAGCGCGCCCUUCCUGCAUUAGCGCCAAACACUCCCAGGACAAGCACGAGUGGGAACAUAGCACUAGUUACGGCGGCAGUUACGAGCUGUUCGCGGCCGCCCGGGGCAAUCUGGAGUGGCUGCGGUACUGCCUGAAGCGGCACCGUUCGGCAAUCCUUGCUGAUGACAAGGGUUUCACUGCCAUCCACUUUGCUGCCCAAGGUACCAACCUUUCCUGCCUGCAGGCCUUGGUGGAGGAGUACAAAUUCCCAGUGGACCUGCCCACCAACAGUGGCCACACGCCUCUGCACCUUACCAUCCAAAAGAACAAGGCCACGACCCUGGCCUGCAUGAACUAUCUGAUUAAGAAAGGAGCUGAUGUCAACUUUCUGACAAACAAUGGCUCCACACCCCUGCACCUGGCAGCCCGGGAGGGUCUGCUGAGCUGUGUGAAGGUCCUUGUGCAGAAUGGUGCCAAUGUCCAUGCCCAAGAUGCCAUGGGCUGCAAGCCCAUCGAUUACUGCAAAAUAUGGAACUACCGCUCCUGUGCCAGGUUCUUGAAGGAUGCCAUGUGGAAACGGGACAAGAAGGACUAUGACUGUGAGAUGCAGAAACUGAAGAAGCUCAAGGGCCAGCUGGCCCUCAUGGAAGAGAGCUACCUGAUUGAGUAUCAGAAAGAGCACCAGAUUCUGAGAGCAAACGAGCUCAAGAGGUGGCUCCACCAAAAGUUGCUGCAGAGCAAGGAGCAAAAGCCUGGUGGCUCAGCCAGGGGCCUCCCCUUCUCCAGAAGCCCCAAGCACCAGGGACUGUUCCCUCCCAAGAGCUUCUACCCAUCCCCAGAGGCCUGCCUGGGAAAGCGACAAUCCCUGCUGCAGUCCUUGGUGAAGCCCAAGCUCAUCUACACCAGUCCCUCCAUCAGGCUGCUCAGGCAGCAGAAACUGUGGAAUUUCAGUCACAACCCAGCCAGGCCCCCCGUCACCCAGAUUGGUUACCCGCAGAAUAUCAGUCUGGGUGUGCAUCCAGACCCGAGCAGGGAGGAUGACCUCUGUAACUUCCUGGAGGUGAAGUCCAGCAGGCAGAAGGGUGUGGUGCUGCAUACAACAACAGGCGACCAGGUGGAGCCUCUGCCCAGGCUGCCUUUUGAGGUGAUAAUCCCAGUGCUCUGCCCUUCCGUGAAGCCUUACAGGAUGAAGGUGCCCAGGGGCCUUUGCUCAAUCAGCAUGAAGAACAUAGCUCACAAGCGUCACUGCAGUGGGAAGACCUUCUGGACUGACACUCUGGCCAUGAACCUUCGCGAGACAUUUGAUGAAACUUUCCUGGCAGCCUUAAGAGCGCAUCAAGAGCUCCCUGCUCUGCCCUCUCAAACCUCCUCAUAAACUUAUUGUGGCACCCUCUG